AGGCGGGAAAAAAUCGUAUCGAAAGUGCGGCUCUGAAUGCGCAAACAUGUAAACACUGAUGCGGACUACAGCCGGGAUGUUGUCUGUUUCCGUGCUACGCUGAGUGUUAUUUAAACCCACUAACUGUUGAUUAUUUCAUGGGCAAAAACUAUCCCCGUUUAAUCUUAUAGAUGGGCUUUAUUGGAAUCCGACAGCCACGUAUGACGCUACCCAAUAGCAGACAAGCUAAUGAGGAAAAGAGCAAGAAAGCUUGACAGGAGUGUGACUCCCUCUAGACCCAAACCAACAGAAUGACUUCGAGGAAAGAAAAUGCUGGACUCGGUCAUGGCAAUAAUGUUGCGGCUCUGGAGGAAGAAGAAGAGGACAAAGAUGAGCUCGUGUCUAAACACAACACAUCAGACUUGGAUGGAUUUACUCAAGAGAAACCCAUUUUUCCCAACAGGGUCACCCUUCCAUCACUGUGUGUCCCUUUAGAGUUGAGCAUUACUAAAGGUCAUAAGGUCCCAUACACCGUCAAUAGAUACCUGAGAGAUUACCAGAGGGAAGGCAUUCAGUUCAUUUAUAACAACUACAUGCAGUCAAGAGGCUGUAUACUUGGAGAUGACAUGGGUCUUGGGAAGACUGUCCAGGUCAUAGGAUUUCUAUCCGCAGUUCUGCGCAAAAAAGGAACUUGGGAAGAUAUCGAGAACAACAAGCCGCAGUUUCUGCAAAGUCAGAUGCCAUCCAGGAAGAAUAAACCUAAUAAAGUAAGUGCCAAAAGUCAUCCCCAUAACAAGCAGUACUCAAUGUUCAAAUCCCACCACUGCUGUGUUCUUGUUUCCCUCAAGGUCUUUCUGAUUGUCGCUCCAUUAUCUGUACUUUACAACUGGAAAGAUGAGCUGGACACAUGGGGUCACUUUCAGUGCAUGGUUGUACAUGGUUUGAAGAAAGAGGAGGAUCUGGCUCGGAUCAAGAACGGCCGUGUUGAAAUUGCUCUGACAACCUAUGAAACCCUUCGCAUUUGUUUGGAUCAGUUCAAUAACAUCCCCUGGUCCGCUGUCUUUGUAGAUGAGGCUCACAAGAUUAAGAACCCAAAUUCCCAAAUCACUCAGGGGAUGAAAGAUCUUAAAUGCCAGAUCCGAAUUGGUCUCACCGGUACCAUCUUGCAGAACAACCUGGAGGAGUUGUGGUGUGUCAUGGAUUGGGCCGUACCUGGUUGUCUUGGAAGUUUGGGGCAUUUCAAAAACACAUUUUCAGAUCCCAUUGAACAAGGACAGAGGCACAGUGCCACCAAACGCGUCCUCGCCACAGGUAGGAAGGCCGUCCGUUCCCUGGUGAAGAAGAUUUCCCACUAUUUCCUCAGAAGGACGAAGGCACUGAUUAAGGAGCAACUGCCUAAAAAGGAUGACAGGGUGGUGUAUUGCUCCCUGACUGAUUUUCAACAGACUGUGUAUCGCACUGUGCUGGACAGCGAAGAUGUGACGUUAUUGCUGCGGUCUUCAGAGAAAUGCGGUUGCCAAAGUGGACACACGAGAAGAAGCUGCUGCUACAAGACAAACUCUGAAGGUGUAAAAAUAUCUGAGCUUUAUUUUAGUUACUUGGCAAUAUUGAGAAAAAUAUCCAACCAUGUUGCCCUGCUGCAGUCGACUACAGGAACCAGUAAAAAACAGGAGAAGUAUGUCGGGGCAAUUUGUCAAAAGGUGUUCAAGCAGUUUCCCGACUUUGUGCAGAGAUGCAAAAACGAGGCAUUCGAGGCUUUGUCUGACCCUAUGUACAGUGGCAAGAUGAAGGUUUUGGAGAAGUUGAUUCAAUAUCACCUGAAAAAUAAAGACAAGGUGCUGCUGUUUUCCCUCUCGACUAAGCUGUUGGACGUGCUGGAGAGUUACUGCAUGGCGGAGGGGCUGGAGUACAGCAGGCUGGAUGGAAACACCAAGUCCAAAGAGAGGAUCCAAAUUGUGAAAGAGUUCAACUGUUCCCCUCAUGUCAACCUUUGCCUCGUCUCUACCAUGGCGGGUGGUCUUGGCCUUAACUUCGUCGGAGCCAAUGUGGUGGUCCUGUUUGACCCAACAUGGAACCCUGCUAAUGACCUGCAGGCAAUUGACAGGGCUUAUCGCAUCGGGCAGUGCAGGGAUGUGACAGUUUUCAGGUUGAUCUCCUUGGGAACGGUUGAGGAAGUUAUUUACCUCCGACAAGUUUACAAACAGCAAUUACAGAGCUCUGUGAUGGGCAAAGAGAGCUCUCGUCGCUACUUCGAAGCUGUUCAGGGUGACGGCGUCCGUAAGGGAGAGCUCUUCGGCAUCAAAAACCUCUUCCGGCUGCAGAUACAGGGCACCUGCCUCACACGCAAGAUUUUAGAGCGGGAGGGACAAGUAGAGGCUGGUGUCAUGACGACCCGUCUGCACGCAGGUGAAGAAAAAGAAAAGGAGGUGAGCAAAGAACUUACAGAGUCUUCCUCCACAACUGCCACCACCUCACAUGGCCAACCUGUGAAAGGGAACCAAGAGGAAGUGGAGGUGCUGCUGGACUUCAGCAGUGGAAGUGACGAGGAUGAAGACAUCCUGCUUUUUAAGAAGACUUCACUCACCAAGAAUGCUGACCCCAGUAGGAGUGAUUCAAGUGGAGCUGGUCGGAGUAAUCUGUUGCAAUACGGGUUUUCCAAACUGCUCCAGAGGGUCAAAGCUCAACCCGACCUAGAGAAUGGUGACAGCAGCUCAGGUGAAGACGGUGAGCUUGACAAGAAAUCGAGUACGGGCUGCUCCAGGUCCGGUUCUUGUAAUUUGACUGGGAGUGACGCCACAGAAAGGCGUGAUGACAAGGUUCGGACAUCUAUGGAAGUCAGACCACAUGUAGGAGGUGACAUGGUCACCUCAGGUGAAGACCAAAACCAAAACAAGCUCCAAGAUGUCGUUCACAAGCCUCAACAAUUUCCCUACAAUCAGUUAGUUAUGAAGAACAGCCUUGGAGACUCUGUGAAGAAAAGAGUUGAAGGCAUCAACAGAAAGAGACAAAGUUCCAAUGACAGAGCCAGAUCCAAGUUUACAGAGCUCAUUGAAGAAUUCUCAUCUUCAGAAGAUGAACAUUUGGUUCUCAAGAAAGCGAAGUACAGAAGGGAUGAAAAAAAAGUUACAAUGCAGAAGAGCUCCGACAGACGCACCAGAACAUCCAAAGGUGUUUCAUUCACCAGUGAAGCACAUGAGACAUCGUCCAAAAACGGACACAUCGACAGUGUGCUAGGAGGUGUACAAGAGGUGGCGUACACACACUCCAACCAGGGCGUGGUGGGCGGGAGCAAAGCUGAGGAGCUGAUCAGCAGAGCUGCUGUGAGGGAUGUCUUCGAGCGCCGCAUGUUUUCUCAACUUCCAGCGAAUCUCCUCCUUGGCACUCAGGAGAGUUUGCCAUCUAGUCCAGAGAGCAAUGAACCAUGUCAGGACUGUCCUGUCAGGCCAACACAGCUGUGUAUAGAACAUCCGGUCUCCUUCAGCAACAAGCAUGUGGUCCACAGCAGACACACCACCUUCAUCAUAGGAGAGACUCCACUGGGUGUGCGAAGGCAGCAACUGGAGCAGAUGGCGCUGAAGCUUAACUUCUCAUCAGUGGACCAAUUUGCCAAGGAAGUACUCAGAGGUACGUCGGCGCAGAGACUGGCGUGGCUCAGACAGUAUUACAGUUCCCUGGACCAACCUCACCUGGCUGAUGUACUUGCUCAGCACUUCUCUGACCCUGUUGAUCCAGCCAAGGCUUCCUCUUCAUCCACCAUGGAAGCUUCACCUUCGACGUCUCUGGCAAAUGUUGCCGCCGACAGUUCAAAACCGCAGAGGCGGAAAUAUCGUAAGAAAUGUGGAGAAAACCCCCAAACUUCUCGGGGUUUGGACAAGAAAACCCUUGAGGAAACGUCUAGGGACAUGCAAGAUGUGGCUCCAGAGCUGAAGAAAGCGCCACUGCACCUGCAGAAGGAAGCUCGAGACACAGGACGUGUGUUUGGACUAGUACAGUUAGAAACUAUUAGAGAGUCAGGUGGAGAUUCUGGGGUCAUGAAUGAUGACCCCAGUGUUUUAGAUCCAGUGAAGGACACUAAUCUUGCUGCUCCAACUGUCACUGCCACAGAAAAGGCUCAUUCCAGUUCUCAGUCCAACCUGGAAGAUCUUCUUGGAGACACCUCAAUUCUCGAUGACUUGUUCAAGCCCAAGUCGAGAGGAGCCCAUCAGAACAGUUCUCCGAGAACGUCUUUCACUUCAAUAACCAAGCGUGUCCCUGCAAAGUCUCCUCCUCGAACAUCUGAUCAUGCAGACACUGGACCUUUGCGCUCAGCAGCUCGAAGAAACAAUCGCAAAGACUUCUGGGACGUUCUGGAUGACGAGGAGAGCAUAAACAAGCUGACAGACUCGGCGGUGCAGCGGGCCUGCAUGAAGAAGAACUUCUCAGUCAGACAGCGACCCAAAGAGGAAGAGAACACAAGUCUGUGGAAGACCAACGAGAAGUUUCUCUGGAAGAAACGUGAUGGCGCCGAGCCUUUUUAAAUGAGAGUGCAUGGUGUUUUUUAUCUUCCACCUUCACACCGAUGUUCAGUCUUAACCGUCUUAAAACUUGGCUGCUAGGACUGUUGGUGGUCUGUUUAAAGUUCUUUAAAUUAUGGGAAGUGGAUGUUUUUGACACGAGAAUCCCGCCAGCUGCCGCCAGUGGCCAUUACGGUUAUUGGAUACCGCAGAUGGCGACCCACAACCCCGGGUGGGCUCUCUGCAAUAUCACUGAAGACCUCUUAAUGGCUGUUUUGUCUCUCACACCCAACCCUUCAAUGCCUCCCUCCUCACAUAACAUCGUGUGCUUUGUGUAGACGUGUGUUUUCCCUUGACGCGUUUCUGUGAAAUAAUCGCCCAUUUCCAGCCUCCAAACACUGUGGAAACUGCUAUUAGAUGAGUAAUAAUGGCACUUGGUGGGUAUAAGGAAGGAAGGAAGGAAGAAAUGCUCACAUAAAACACAGUUCGUCCUCCUGGUUUUGGUUUUACUAGUGUAUAUAGGUUUGUGUUUUCAUCACCGAACCUGUGUAGGGGUGAGGAAAGGGCUAAUGGGGAGGCUGUUACUUGGGGGGAAGUUUAGUGGCAAGUUACUGGCAACUGGAAGAUCUGAAAAAAAAACACAGGCUUUUUGGUUGCGCCAUUAAAUAUAUCCCAGCUGAUGUUUCCUUUUUUCUUGAAGUGGCAACCUAUUCAACCAUUCAUUUGGACAAAGUCGGCUUGUAUAACUUCACCUGUGCUGAUGUUUUCCUGGGUCUGCAGUGGUCAGUUCCAGUCCAAUUUUACAGUUGAUCAGUGUAUCAUGUCGUAAAAUUUAAGUCAAUCCAGGAAUGUUGUAACCCAGAUGAGGAAAUCCAGACCACAUUCAUAUCGACCUGCUUUAGCAGGAAAUAUGAGUCGAAACAGAAUGUGAUGAUUUUAGCAUCAAGCAUCUCUGUGGUUCACCACCGACUCCUCCUCACAUCAUGAGGGUUUGUUUCUCCUUCAAGCUCAAACAUCUGCUUUCCCAUAUUUCGACACACUCCCUUCCAUCUGCAUCAAAGCUUUUUUUUGUUUUUGGAUGUUUCCAGAUUCAUUACAGAAAUGCAGUUCACAUAUUUGGUCCGCAUCAGGUCAGUGUUGAAUUGUAUGGUCAGCCAGCUAUUUAUAGCCGAUGUGGGUCACAUAAAAUGAGUGGGUGCUGUGAGCUCUUCACACAUGUUCUGAAUCAAGUCGGUCGAACUCAAGCCCUGAUGAUCUGCCACUUUAUUUCAUUCAAUAAUAUCUAGAAUCAAUUGCCGGCUAUAAAGCACGUUUUGUCCCAUAAUGUACUGCAACAGUUGGAGCUCAGACUUGUGGUACUGAAUAAUGAAGGCCAGGGUCAGGAACUUAAGUAAGGUGUGAAACUGCACUGGAAAGUAACAUGUAUUUCUUCUAUUUUUACAAUUUCCACUUCAUAAAUUCUGUUUACGAUUUUUUUCUUUUUUCUUUAGGUUUGUGAUUGUUGUACUUAUCUGCUGCAUCGAUGUCUCAAAGUCGCCCAUUGAUUCAGUUUAACCCAGAUUCUCCAUUAAAUGGAUGUAAUCUUCCUCAGUCUUGUUCAGCGCCUACAGCUGUCAGCCUUCAGCCGGGGGAGAAGCCAACUGUGAUUCAUUUGCCUUCAAAUGUCAGUCGAACGUUUCUGCAGCAGAGCGUUAAAACAUGUCACUAUUGACAGCCGUGUGCCGCAGCUGUGGCCGACCUCUCUCAGCUGCUGCUCCAUGUUUCGCUGAAGUGAACCGGGGCCUAUGUUGUGUUCUGUUUAGCUGCAAUGAAAAAGCGCUGAUGGCUAUCAAUAAACAGCAAAAUGUGCCUGGACUUGACUUGCAUGUGCACUUUCUGGGUGGCGCUCAGGCCACACAUCGGUCACACCUGUUUGAAUCCCUUUCACUCUUGCUUUAUGAUUCACCCACGAGUCAGGAGUGGAGAUCUCUAUCUGCUUGUUUGCUGUCUGGGUGUAGCGUGGGGGGUGAGAAUGACUCACUGAGGAACCAAACCAUCUCAGUCUGUGAUCCUGAUAGUCAUAUUUCAGUGAGAUUGAAAGUAAACCACCCACAUGGAUCCCAUGUCUGCUACACCUCUGUCAGACCAUCACCAUGUACAGUUCAGAUUCUUAGAAUUUUCCUUCUUUCCAAAAUAGUUUGACUUCAUAACCUCGCCCUUAUUCCCACAAUCAAUGGAGUCUUUUUCCACAGCCACCUUUAGAGUCAUGUCUCCUCUCGACAAGGCUGGGAUGGUGCGUCUGUUUACAUUUCCCGCCUCGUUUCCAGGUGUCAGUGAGUCUGUUAUAAACCGAGCAGGAAAGGUGUCCCAGCGCUGGAUGGUUUAUUUGUAGAAGUCAGCCUGUGACACCCAGUUUGAUUUGGUCGAGGAGAAACUAUGAAAGACUGCUGACCCCUGCUGACCGAGUGUCUCCACGGGCCUCCUGGUUGGUUCAGGUGGCCACAUGGAGACCCUGCAGGAAGGUCCAGGUGGAGGAUGUGAAUAAGGCGAGCGGGUUUUGAUCAAGACCCAGAUGUGUCUGGCCUUUCUAGAUCAUCUAAAUAAGCCCCUGUCCCGUCUGCCCCUCUUUUGAAUAACUUUUGGGUGUGGGCUAGGUUCUAAAAUCUCUUGUAUAUCUCCUAUUGUUCUUACUCAUACUUUUUUUUUUGGCUGUUUUUCAUCUGUAACCAGAAACAAAUACAUUUUUUCCUCAACUUAGAACACUUUUUAAUUUAAUAUUUGAAUAAAUCAUGAAUUAGAAUGUCACUGUUUUUCAGUUGUGGUGCCUAAAAUUACACCAAUUCUAAUUCUUGUGACAAUUUUAUCCCCAAAUUAUUCCUUCACAAUGUAUCAUUUCUAUCCGAAAACCCAUUCUCAACUUCUUGGUGAGGAUGGUGAGUUCAUGUGGACAUGCUUUUCUUCAUAUUUAGCUUAAAAGUUUCCUCCAUCAGCCCGGGAGAUCUAGAUAACGGUCCCUUUUUCAUCCUGAAAGGGCUCCUCAUUCCAAACCUGCUACCAGGCAACUGUAACUUGGGUUAAUUCAGAGGCAUCAUCAUAGCAAAAUGAGACAAAACAGACACACAGUGAAGACAAUUCAUUCAUAUAGGGUGGCUAAAUGUUUUUGUCAUUCAUUCUCAUGAAAUUCAUUUGGGGUUUUUUCAUGUCUCAGAAGCCCUGGUGAUUCCUGUCAUCCUUCCAGGCUGGUUCCUAAGGUUUGGUGGCAUCCGUGCUUGCAACCCUCCUUUGCCACGAUGUAGACUUGGAGGAGCUGAUGCUCAUCCUGGUCACCUCACACUCGGCUGAAACUGCUGAAGGUCUCUGCCUGAGUGAGCAACAGCACCACAUCACCCUUAAAGUGGGCCUCCUGAGGGCGUUAAGUGACUACCAGAAAUGAGUUUUUCUUGAUCUCAAUUCUCAUUCAAACGCUAUUCUGACUUAUUUCCACCCUCUAAAAAAACUAUUUAAGUCUAUAAAGAUGGAGUGACGCACUGUCCUGGACAAAAGGAAUGGAACAUUUGUGUGUGUUUUCCAUAGGAUAAAUAUUUAGAGAGCAGAAACAUAAACGUGGAGAGGAGAGAGUUGUUUCUGUGCUCUGUUGCGCUGCCAAGGGUCUGUGCGUCACUUGAUCCAUUGUUUACUGAGCGAGGUCUCGGUAAGCAAGCGGCUGCCUCCUCGCUCCAGCUGCAGAGCCUCUUCUGUUUACGCGUUCGGGGUCUUGAGUUCGAGCGGCGGGCCGGUCUGAAAGCUUGCAGGAAUUUUUCCUCCAUUAAUAAUGUGUGAUUAAAAAUGGGAUAAAACACAUCAGAACGUUUCUUUUAGUACUACUGGACUGGUUAAGGUUCUUGAAGUGGUAUUAUUAUUUUCACUAGAUGGCCCUUUGUGCUCUGUUCUGACCAACUAGUUUUACAAAAAAAAAUGUUUUUUGUUUUUUUUUAAAGGAGCGAUACUCACUGAGCUUCAUUAAAUACAUCUUGUCCUCUUUUGUUUACAAAUAUGUCUUGAAAAAGUGACAUACAAUGGGAUAAGCCAGUCCAAUACAAUGUCCUGGAAUGUGCCAUCUAGAGGGGAAACAUGGGCAGUGCGGGCUACAUAAGUUGAGAUAGCAGGAACUAUGCAAGGAUCCUCGGGAUUAUGAGACAUUGGUGAGAGCGAAGGAUUACGGGGACCAGGCUAGUACACAUACAUUUUGCGGGGGCUGCUUGAGGGCCACACUGGGUCUCUCUGACUGGGGCUAAAAAUAUAAGCGGUGGACCAGAUUUGAACACGUGACGGGCUACAUCAGGCCCACAAGCCGCAGUUUAUCCACGUCUUUAUUAUGAUGACAUUUCUGCAUGGAUGAGGCAGAUGUGAGAAAGACCUGGGAAAAGUCUCCUAGUGCGAACGGAUUUGAGUGAGCUCGGGGGCUUUUAAAGACAGAGUUGUAUUUAUGUCACAUAAAUAUGUCUGCUGCAUGAAAUACGCCGAUAUUUAUACUGCGUGUCAAGCAGUGCGUUCUAGAAAUGGAGAUGUUUGGGACGAUGGGAGGGCUGGGAGGUGAGUGUCCUCUCCUGAGGGACAUGGAAGGUGGAACAAUUCUAGAUUUUAGAUAGUCCUCACACUGAAUGACAUCAGCUUUCAAACGUUCCCUACAAGUCAGCCAUAACUGAAUGAGAGGCCUGGCUCCUCUUGGAAAACAGUUCUAAGGUCAGUGGUCCUGGCCUGGGCUCCUGGGUGGGCUGCAGUGGCUGGGUGCUUGUCUUGGAUCGUCUCUGGACACUUGUGUUUGCUGAGACAACAAGCAGGCCAGGGUGUCCAGGGUGGGAAGAGGAGACACGCAGGCAGCAUCCUCAAAGAAAGCACCUCAAUCAAAUGAACACUGGUGUCCUCACAGGCCGACCACCCACCUCACUAACCGUCGCGGCCCCUUCCUCUCCUGCUCCACUCCAGCUUCUGAAGAUCGGUGUGAGGACAGUGGCGUCGCUCAGUCAAGGUUGUUGGUCAAAAGGCUUGGAUAUUUCACUGAGGCUGGAAAACCUUUGACUGAUGGCUUGCUUCAGAAGCAGCUGGAAUUCCCCGGAUGUGUAACACUUACCGACUCUUCUUUGUGAUCUUUUUUUUCUCGUUUUAUUUGGAUACCCAUGUAACUAUUCUUUGGCUUUGACGCCCCCUAACGGUAAAACCUCUAAGUACCUCAAGAACAAUGCGAUAACAAUUCAGUUUAAAUUAGUUUAAAUUAAAAUAAAUGCAUUACAACUUCUGUCUAUCCAUCCAUCUAUCUCUCCAUACAUCCAUCUAUCUAUCUAUCUAUCGAUCUAUCUAUCUAUCUAUCUGUCUGUCUGUCUGUCUGUCUGUCUGUCUGUCUGUCUGUCUGUCUGUCUGUCUGUCUGUGCAUCCAUCUAUCCAUCCAUCUAUCUAUCAUCUAUCCAUCUACCUAUCCAUCUAUCCAUCUAUCAUCCAUCUAUCCAUCCAUCUAUCCAUCCAUCUAUGCAUCCAUUUAUCCAUCUAUCAUCCAUCUAUCUAUCCAUCUAUGCAUCCAUCUAUCAUCUAUCUAUCUAUCUAUCUAUCUAUCUAUCUAUCUAUCUAUCUAUCUAUCUAUCUAUCAUCUAUCAUCCAUCUAUCCAUCCAUCUAUGCAUCCAUCUAUGCAUCCAUCUAUCAUCUAUCAUCCAUCUAUCAUCUAUCAUCCAUCUAUCUAUGCAUCCAUCCAUCCAUCCAUCCAUCCAUCGCUAAAGCUAACCUAAACAUACCUAACAUACAAUGUCAGAUAAGGCUCUGCUCAACCUCUCUACAGCACUUGAGUAGUAGUACUUUUUUCUUAUACAUAUAACAACACAUUCAUAUGACGCACCGAUGUGUAAUCAACAUUAGCGCUCUUGACUAAAAAAAAAAGAACCCAUUAAAAAUCAAAUAGGGUGAGGACUUCCUGGAUUAUUAAUCAUCUUCAAAACCUUUUUGAGAGUUGACAGCACUUGUUUCAGUCCACAGUUAAAAGUGACAGACACACACAUCUGACUGGCAGUAACGCACAGUAGAACAACCAAGAACUAACCCAACUUAUGCACAGUCACGCACAACUAAUGCCCGGGAAAACAGGGAACAGGGAAAUGUGGGAGUCAGGUACAGAAAUGAUAAGAACUGUUCUUCACUCUUCUCUCAGUUUAAUGUGAGAGGAAAUGUUCACUGAGGUGUAUACAGAGCGACAAUAAUGAAGCCAUGCCACACCAUAUUUAAAUAUUUAUAUUAAAGGAACGUUAUGUGGAAUUUGUCAUGUGAGACCUUCACAGUGUAUUAUAGCAGGUUGAGAUAAACAAACAUGAACUGAAAAGUGAACAGAAUAAAUAAUCUGGCUUUUAUCUUUGCUCCUCUUCAUCAUGCCAUUCAUAUUAUUGGAAUGACUGAAUUACGACGGAUAAAAAAAACAAUAACAUCUCUGUUUAAAGAAGUAGCUUUGUCAUUUAUAGCAGGUGUCAAUUCCAACACAGGUUUUAUCAGCUUAGCUUGCAGUAUAACACCAUGUAGUUCAAUGUUGAAGUGAGGUGUCCAUCAUGUCUGCGACUCCUAAAUCCUGUGAGGGGCGGAUGAGCACGUCAGCCUCGCUCUGGGCUCAGUGAGAGCGGUCGGAGCGACAAGGCGAGAGCUGAAUUUGAAUCAGCGCGAUAAGAGUCCUGACGGCAGAUUACGGCGCUGUUUAUGGAGUCACGACGAUCCUCCUGAGGGAAGGAGGUCAGGCUGACCCCGAACGCCCACCAUCGCGUCCCGGAUGUUUGAUAAGAGCAGGAAUAUGCGCGACUCCUGAGGGAAUACGAUUUCAUCUGUUCCUCUGAAAAUAAUGAAACUGCUUGACCUGGAAAAGGUUUGUCAAACAGACAAUGAACAUUAUGUUGAACCUUAUUCUGACCUUGAUUUAACCUUUGUUUUGUGUCUAGAUGUUGCUGAACGCUUUGUCCCUGGAUUCUAUCCUUCAAGUGAUUUUUUUUUUUUGAGUGGCUCUGGGCCCUUCUGUGGCCCUUUGCCUGCAAUUAUCCGGCCCUCAUGAGGCUGGUAUGGAACUGUACAGGCAGACGCUCUUUACACAGAAAGGACUGAAGUUGACCCAAGCUGGACGUGAAACUACAAACUGCUUCUUAUUAUUUGCAUAUUUAUAGAAUUAUUUGACGCAUUCAUUCCCACAUACACUUGCUUUAACUGUAGAACACAGUCUGUUUUAGAAUUUUUACAUUUAAAUAACCAAAAUUGUAUUACUUUUCUAAAUAUUGUGACAUUAUCAUGACCAUUCGGUAUUGUUUUCUCCCAUUAGUUUAAUUGAUUUAAUGCAAAUAUGUACAUGUAAAUAAUGUAAAUAUAUACAAUAAACAACAAGGCUUAUACAUUUUCAUAUAUUUUUUUCUAUUUUAUUUUUUUUAUGCCUCUUGCAGUGGUCUGUAUGUGUCCCGUUGUAACAUGUUUUGUACUGGUAUUCAUAUUGUACACUUUGAAAAAUGGA